UUUCAAAUUCGUUCGUCAUUACUAGCUGUAUAAGAAUAUAUAUUACUUCAAUGAAAUGAUAUACAUGUGUUGGCAAUGAAUUACAUAUGUAUAUUAAAUUUAUUCUUUUGCUAUCUCAUUUGUAUAAAUUAUGGUGUUGAAAAUUUACAAAAAUCUAAUCUGUUUUGUACAGAUUCAAUGUUAGAAACAGGGUUUACACACAUUAUAUUGAAUAGUACAUUACCAUUAUUUGGUAAAUUAAAAUGGUUCAGUAUUGAAAACUUAACAAAUGUCAAUAAACUCCAUAAAUUAAUAAGUAUACAUUCUAAUGAAUGUCUUAAUACAACAAUUCAAAUGUUUGAUAGUUGUUGGAAUUAUAUAAGACAAAAAUUUAUUGAAUAUUUAAUCCCAAUAGGAAAUAACAAUGAUCGAGUUAUUAUUGAAAAGUUUGAACAAAUUCAAAGAAAUGGAACAAUAAGAACCAUAAAUAAUGUAACAUAUAUGAACUUUUUAAAUGCACUAUGUUUAACUGCAUGUUAUAGUCGAUAUCAAAAGAAUUUAGAACCGAUUAUAAAUAAUCAUAUUGUCUGUCCAUUCCCAUGUGUUAUACAGAAAGACUGUUCAUUUAAUGUAUGUAAAAAUUAUGGUAUAUUUACACAUGAAUAUGAAUGUCCUUGUGAUAAUUCAAGUAAAUGGAAUAGAGAUAGUAAUGAAUGUUUACCAGAUAGUAUAUACAAGAUAAGGCAAACGAGAAAUUAUCCUGAUAUGCUGACGAAAGAAAAGAUUCUAAGGCAAAGAAACCCGAGAAAUUGUGAGCCCAAUAGUAAAUGUAGUAAAAAUGGAACAUUAUUCUGUACAAUGGAUUCAAAUUACGAGUAUACAAUAUGUGUGUGCAAACUUGAUUAUCACGGUUAUUAUUGCCAAGACAAAAUAAAUGCUUGUCUAUUUCGUAUUGAACAUCACUUACAACCAAAUGGUGGAACAUUAAUUGCUGGUAAUACAGCAUGUAAUGUUAAUAGUUCAGGCAAUAAAUGUAUCGCAUUAAUAAGUGCUGAAGGCGACGCAUCAUAUCAAUGUCAAUGUAAUGAAACGCACUGGAUACCAAAUAUUGAAUUACCUUAUCCUAAUUGCUUGCAAAAACUGACAAAGUGCGAUUCUGUUGUAUGUGUACAUGGAUUUUGUGUUUCAAAUAAUCAUAUUGAUCAGGCUAAAUGUGUAUGCAAUCCUGGUUACAGUGGACUUGCUUGUGAAGAAUGGGUUGGGGUAUGGUCGAAGUGGUCAGAAUGGGAUCAGUGUCGACCAGCCUGUGGAAAUAUGCGUUAUAGUUUACGUCAGAGAGAUUGUCUAUCAAUGAAAUUGGAAAAUAAAUCAAAACUAUGUUUAGGUUCACCCAUUGAUUAUGUUAAAUGUUCGGAACAUUUAUGUACAUGUAAGUAAAUAGCUAACAGUGCGAAGAUGAAUUACCUGUUUAUUGAUUUUUAAAAAGAUAGGUAAAAAUCUAAUGAUUGUAGAAAUCAAGUAUAUAUGUGAGUUCAAUUUAUUAGUGUAAAAUCUAAAUCUCAGUUAAAGUUAAAUCAUUUUUCUUGUUUUAAUUAGUGAUAAUGUACUUCUUAAAUAGCAGAUCGAAGUUAGUUUGACUUCGAUUUACUCCAGUCUAAAUAAAACACUUAUCUUGACUAGACUACCGAUUAAAGUCUAGAAACACUGGGUGACCGUUUUGACCUAGUAUUGAACUCCUUGUCAGUGCCCACUAAUGAUCUCGCGGUCGGAAGUCAGGCCAGGAACCUUCUGUCUCACACGUAGAUGCUUAACCUCUAAACCGACACUCAACGGUGUUAAUCUCUAACUCCAAUCAAUUCACAAAAUUGCUCAACCCUUAUCUUUAUCAUUUUGACUGUUAAUUUCGUAUAAUUUAGAUAAUCUAUUAAAUGAAGUCUCCUAGAUUAAGUUCGUUUACAAACUGGAUUUUAUUUAUGAGCUCACUUGCCCAUCCAUGGCUCACUCGUGAAAUUUCUCCUUCUUUAAUAUAAAAUAUUUAAUGAACAAUGGUAAUGUCUCAGAUUUUUAAACUAUAAUACGUUC